AUGAAUGAUAGUAAUUGGCCGAACGAUUUAUCUGAGAAAGGUAUCACACAUGAAGAGCACGAAAAAAGCUGGGCGGAAAAAAAUUCACAAUCAAUGUGCUCACCACAGUUUUCUGGAUUCACCGAUACUCAUAUCAUUUUCCGGAAGAAAGUACCUGCGGUUGCGCCUCUCAUGUCAUCACCCGUCGACUCCCCUCACUCUCUGUUGCUUUCACCAAUAUUACUUCGUCCGAUUCGCUCACUUUCGACGCAAAAUAAUUUUUAUGGACUACCGUCAGAAUAUGAUGAAGAACAUCGUUUGUCACGGCAAAAGAUAGCUGGAUCGUAUCAGUUGCCACGUACUUUUGCAGCCUCAAAAGGUACUACAGUACCAGGCACAAAAACAGCUAUUGAUAGAGGUAGUGCUGAUAAUUCAGAAAGUCGUAUUGUAAUGCAAAUGUCACACAAACGAAGAAGGCGUUUGUCUGGUAUGCUUAGUCAAAAAUCAAUGGACUCGUCGUAUUCAAAUCAUAAUACGACAGUGGGAAAUUUGGUGCGAAUGCGUAACUCUUCGUUAGGUCAUUCCGAUCCACAAAUUUCUGCAUCAGUUCAAUCAUCUUCUGUUCGUCUUCAAAGAAAAGACCGGAACCAUCUCUCGUAUUCAUCGGCCAGUAGUCUUGGUUGUCGUCGAAGUUUGAAUGCUUCAGCAUCCCCUAUCCUCGCGCGAAGGUGCCGAUCGCCUAGUCGUUUUGUACUCUUCCCCUUCUCUCAAGCAAAAACAAAUCCGAUAAUUGUGCCAUUUAGAACAAAUGGUUCCCGUACAGCGCCGUUAGCACCAGCUCAGGAUAAUAGACGUUGGUCCGUUGCUUCUCUUCCAUCAUCGAGCGGUUACGGAACACCUGGAAGCAAUUCAGCAUUCUCGAGUGAAUAUUCAUCUCAAGAACAACUUUGCGAUAUUCUUACCGAUUUACGACUUAGUAGUGCUGAGGGUUCAAAUGAAGAUUUCCCGGGACAAAAUCGUCCUCGUUCUCGAAGUUUAACGAAUUCUAUAAAUUUCGGUUCUGAUUCGACAUGCAGUGUUGUCGUUCAUAAAACAAUUUACAAGGAACGUUUCCCAAAGGCGAAAAAACAAAUGGAAGAGCAGCUCACUUUGUUCAUCGAUGAAAAUGCCACAUUAUCUGGUAUUGCAUCUUUGGAUACGACCUUACGACCAGAAAGUAUAUGCUUGGAAGAUCCCUGGGAUGGCUCAUCGAACACUUCGCUGAGCUCACUAAUUAGUCGUCGGUCGGUGAUGGUUGAUAAUCUGGAAAGCGAUCCCAGAAUGAGACUGAUCUCAGAUGGUGCUACGCGAUUUCUUCAUCAUCAGAUUGUCGAAAUUGCAAAUGAUUGUCUAUCAAAGUCAAAAGAUGAUCUUACCAAUGCCUCUUACUUCUCUGAAAUAUCUCAAAGACUUGAAGCUGUUGUCGCCGAAGCACACGAAAAAACUUCUCCUGAAAGUUUUGCUUUUUUGUCUAAAAUGGUGAAACAUGUGCUAAUGAUCAUUUCUCGACCGGCUCGUAUUUUAGAAUGCUUGGAAUUCGAUCCAGAUCAGUUCUAUCACUUCUUACAAGAAACAGAAGGGGCGGUUCGUGAGCAGCUUGGUGCAGGUAAUGCCAGAGUUCCAGAUUUACCACAAUACAUCAUAAGCAAACUUGGUCUGAAUAAAAAUUUGAUGUCCGAAUUGAAAGUUGAUAUUUCAAAGGAAAAGCAUAGUUCACUAUUCGAUAAUGAUACUCGUUUGGCUGUGGAUUGUGAACGCGAAUUAUGUGAAAGACGUCCACCAUGUGAAGAUGACUAUGAAACAAUUCGGCUAAUAAGCAAUGGGGCAUAUGGUGCCGUUUAUUUGGUUCGACAUAAAGAAACACGACAACGAUUUGCACUGAAGCGGAUGAAGAAACAAACUUUGUUAAUGCGUAAUCAAAUAAAUCAGGUGUAUGCUGAAAGGGAUAUACUAACAUUUACGGAUAAUCCAUUUGUCGUAUCAUUUUAUGGUUCAUUCGAGACACGCCAUCAUUUGUGCAUGUUAAUGGAAUAUGUGGAAGGUGGAGAUUGUGCAGCUCUAUUGAAAAAAACUGGAACAUUACCACUUGAUGCGGCACGGUUGUAUCUUGCAGAAACUGUUCUUGCUAUUGAUUAUCUUCAUUCUUAUGGUAUCGUGCACCGUGAUUUGAAGCCCGACAAUCUGUUGAUAACGGCAGUAGGUCAUAUAAAGUUAACUGACUUUGGACUCUCAAAGAUUGGCCUUAUGAAUCGUGCAACACUACUGUGCGAAAAUUACAAUGAUAUUUCGGAUACGCAACAAUUUAUGGAUAAGCAGCUCUGUGGUACUCCUGAAUAUAUCGCUCCAGAAGUAAUUUUAAGACAGGGAUAUGGUAAACCAGUGGAUUGGUGGGCACUUGGCAUUAUUUUAUAUGAAUUUCUAAUUGGAAUUGUUCCGUUUAUAGCUGAUACUCCAGAACAUUUAUUUGCAAAAAUUGUUAACGAGGAGAUAGAAUUUCCUGAAGGGGAAGAGGCACUGUCCAUGGAAGCUGAAUCUUUGAUUAUGCGUUUAUUAGAGAAGGAUCCAGUAGAACGGCUUGGAUCGGCUGGUGGUGCUCAGCAGCUGAUGAAUGAUCCUUUUUUUGCUGGUUUGAAUUUCAAGUCUUUGUUGCGCCAAAAGGCAGAAUUUGUGCCUCAGCUGGAAGGAGAAGAAGAUACAUCUUAUUUUGAUGCUAGAACUGAUCGCUACAAUCACGAUGUUGAUAGCGGUGACGAAGAUAAUACUCCAAUGUUUGGUUCCUUUGACACUGCAUCACCUCGGCAUUCAGUAAUCUGUACUGAAUCAAAUAAUAUGACCCAGGCUACAAGUUCUAAUGGCUUGAAGAACACCCGAUCGGAUUCGAUUUCAGUUUCUCGUCAGUUAAGCGGAGAUUUUCACGAAAACAAGAUGGAUAUUAAACAUGACUGUCCGCUACCGGCGGCAGCGCUACGCAAACGAUGUUUUUCAUCUCAGCUUCAAAAUAAUUUGUCUACAUCAAGCAGCGGAACAAAUGAAACAGGUGAUCUCAAUAUAGUUGGCUUAUCUGCAGAUUCUUCGGUUGAUGUAUCUUUUGCCGAAUAUUCGCGACCGGUACCAACCACAGACAGUUACCAGAAUCAAAAGAGCAACGCAGUAACAUCUCCUUUGCCACGUUUUUCGGUAACCUGCGAACCCGACACGAAUACAAUUACCCCAUCUGAUAAAAAACUGUCGCCUGUAACUGAAGCACGACCAUUAUCUGAUCUGAUUGUUUUCGAUUCUACUCGAAGCGAUGAAGCGAUUAGCGAACACUAUCGUACACUGCAACUUGAAAUCCCAAAGCAUUCUUCGCCUCUAAUCACUCAACAUUCCCCGGCCGGUUCGGCUUCCAGUGCGUCAUCAUUUGAUGGCAUUUCUUCCAAUUCACAAGUUAAUGCAGCUCCUCUUACGGAACAAAAUUUUCAAUUGAAAGCACCAGCAAUCAUCAAGAAAGGACCGAAAGGUUUCGGAUUCACGAUUCGUUCAGUACGUGUCUACUUAGGUGAACAAUCAGACUAUUACACUAUUGAACAUUUGGUGACAAAAGUGGAAGAAGGCUCUCCAGCUUACGAAUCUGGUAUACGGCCAAAUGACCUCAUCACCCAUGUUCAUUCUCAACCUGUUUCUAAUCUUACACAUCCACAGCUGCUGCAUCGUCUUCUUGCAUAUGGGAAUGAACUUUCUCUAAAGACAACGCCGCUUUCAUCAACCUCAAUUCGCGAGGGUGCGCCACGACGUACAAUUGGCAAGCUGGCCAAGAAGAAACUGAGAAGACCGCAGCAUCGUGUCCAACUGGAGAAGAAGACUCGAAAAUCGUCACUUCUUCGUCGGUUAAGCGGUAAAAGAGCUAGCAAUGACAUUAUUCCAGGAAGUUCAUCCCAGAAACAGACGUUUAUGCCUCGGUCAGCUUCCAGCCAAGAUGGGAUACAACUAAGCAGUGCAGCUACUUCGUCUUCCGCACUGGCUGUUGUACCAACAAUGGGUUCCGUUUUCAAACGGCUUUCAGAUGUUAGCUUACCUAUUAAGAAAGAAGAGAAAGUGAUUUCUGCAUCACCGCUAGCAUUGACAUGUGCGAAUCGACCGUCUACGUUGCAGGGGCUAAAACAUAAAAUGGCUGGAAUGGCACACCAUUUAACAGCAGCUAAACAGAUAUCUACACCAGCUGUAGUCAGCCCGUUGGCAAGAGACGAAAUUGCUUUUAAUUCAAGACCACCUAGUCCAUCUCACUUAUCAAGAAAUGCGUCCUUUAAAAAACUUCGAAAUGUGCAACCCGAAGCAAAAUAA